AAACUUCUCGUUCAGAGUUACAGUUCAUCUCACAGACCGGACACCAAACGAGAGAUCGAUUCAUCCAGCUACUUUACUUGGAUCCUCAAAACUUCUACCUAAUAACAAGCUCAAUCCCCGCGUCGAGAAAAGCGGGCACCUCCGUCCCCUCGCCGCGCCGCCACGCCGCCAUUUAUGUACUCCGCGCCCCGUCGUCCCUCGAUAUUCCAUCAGCAACCUACAUACUUGCACAUACAAACUUCUUCCACUUCUACUUCACGAAUUAUCCCCAAGCCUGCCUACCUUUUUGGUAUUGAUACACAAGCAACAGAUUACCAACAAUGACCGAAGAAUCCAAAUCCCUGCCACCUCCACCUCCACCCCCACCUCCUCCUCCAACCUCCACGACCCUCUCUCAAACCCAACAAUCGCCCACCCCUUCAAACACAAACACAACCACCACCAACGCAACCACCAACGCAACCGAAAUCCAAUCCGAACUCAACGCGGCCGUCGACGACCUUCUCGACCAACUCCAACAUAAAUUCGACGGUGUCUCGCGGGAUAUUUUCGCUAAGUUGGACGAUAUGGCGCGGAGAUUGGAUGAGUUGGAGGCGUCGUUGGCGCUGUUGGAUACUUCUGGUUCUUCGGGCGCUGGUGCUGGUACUGGUGCUGCGGGGGGUACGGCGUCCGUGGUGGAAGGGGCUAGGAGUUCUAGUCCAGGGAAGUGAGUUUUCUGGUUGCAUUGGGUUCUUGGGGCUGGCCUGCAAGUGGCUGUUUGUUGCGUGGAGUUUUUGUUUUCUUCUUGAAAGUUUGUUGGGUCAGUAGGUUGCUGUGGAUGAAUUUCAGAAACUGGGAUAGGACGUUUGUUCGAGAGAGUAUGGGGGAUGUUGGUGUGGUAGGCUGGUUGGUGGUUUUACUGGCAGUUGGAUUAAGAUACC